AGGUCGUCUCGAGAUGAGAGGAAAGAGAAAGUGGAGCCCGAGGGAGACGUAUAUAAAAUGAAGCUUCAGGACCCACUGGCAGAGGAAGAGUCCGUCUCGUUUUGAGAAGGUAGAGAAUUCGACUCCUGGAGAUCUUCAAACGUCGUCAGUAUGCAGGCCCAAACGCUAUUGCUGUUGGUUGGUACCAUUACCACGGUAUUGGCUGCCCCGCAAUUCGACUUCAACAAUAAUCAGCCAACCCCCUACAGCUUCGCCUACGGCGUGAGCGACCCUGACACAGGCGACGAGAAGGAACACAAGGAGACGGUUUCACCUUCAGGAGUGACCGAGGGAGAAUUCAGGUGGCUCCAGCCCAACGGACUCUUCAGAAUAACACGAUACACUGCUGACGACGUCUCUGGAUUCCGCGCCAUUGUCAGUGAGGAACCUGGUGAGAGAGUAGGAAACUACUACACAAACUCCCUUCUGGGCGGUUCAGUCGAAGUGCCUUCCGUCUUCCCCAGCCGAGGAAACUUGCAGUCCUUCAGUGGCUUCCAGUCUGGAAACCAACAGUCCUUCAACUCUGGAAACCGAAUCGUGACGAGUUCUCAGAGUUCCCAGAAUCAGGCACCAAGCAGAGGCCCAAGCUUCCAGACAAUUAGCACAACUCAGAACCAAGGCUUCACCAGCCUCCCAGUCCAGAGCUUCACCAUCCCACAGAACCCUCAGCCACAGACAAUCACAACUUUCACAACCUCACAACCCUCUCAGAGUAGCGGAAACGUCAUUGACGGUGGAAUCAUCGAUGGUGGCUUCGUCAGUGGUGGAGUCAUUGAUGGUGGAAUCGUUGGCACCACUUCCACUACUUUUGACUCCGGUUUCAACCAGUUCAACCCCAACGGCAAUUCUUUCAACGCUGGGUCAAGCCUGAACAACUUCGGCUCUACUUCCAGUAACUUUGGUCUGAACUCGAACAGAGUCGGUACCACAAGGUUCUCCAGUGGAAGUGUCACCCAGGGUAUCCCAGUGAUUCUGGCCACCGGCCCUAAUCAGUUCAGUGGGUAAUUGAUCACCAGUCACCCUCUCACUUAUUUGUCAAAACCUCUUGACAAUGUCCAUAUUUUUGCAUUUUCAGAGUUGUUUGGAAUUUAUUUAUCUGUAGUACAAUGAAUGACUGAAUAAAUUGUGAUUAAUCUAA